AUGACGUUUGAAAUAUUUAAAAACGUCGCGUGGUAAGUAAACUAAAAACUGCGACCAAAAUAAUGUACAAGAGAACAGAUAUAUUGACUAAAAUUUGUGAACAAGGCAUCACGAAAUGGCUGCUAGAACUGAUGAACAUUAUCCUCAUCUGUAUUGGAGUCACAUGUGUCAUAUUAGGAGGCAGAUCCCUUAAUGAAAAGUCAAGUUACAAUUCUGGAGUAGGUGAUAUCGGAUGCCUUUUCAAGAAACCAAAAUUAUUGCACAUUUAUGCCAUUUUACUCAUUGUUCUAGCGGUAGCUCAAUUUUCCAACGCAUUUGUGACUAUGAAUCAACACGGUGACUUUAACGUUACAAGGGGCGCACUCACGGAGAAAGUUGAGAAAUAUAAAGAUUGCAAUAAUAAGAAUUUCGUCGACCAGGUACAAAGAGACAACAAGUGUUGUGGAAUCGAUGGGCCAAAUGAUUGGGCCAAUCUAAACCAAUCUUUACCCUUUUCAUGUAGAGAUAAAAAAAAUAAUGUGUAUGCAGAAGGAUGCUUGUACCUCUUCCACGAAUUACUAAGGAAGAAUUCUGUAAUUUUCGGGAUUUUUUACUGUGUAAUCGGGACAAUGAUGACUUUAGCGGUUAUAGCUGCUUGCUGUUUGGCGUGUAGUUUCAGAAAACAAGAUAAAAUGAGAGAGGAGUUUGAGUACCAAGAAGCCUACUGAAGCGGAAAUUUAAUGUUAUAAAAUUAAUAGUCUUACUGAACCAAAAUGUUAAUGCAAAUAAUAAAGUAAGCCAUUUAAAAAAAA